AUGUCGCCAACAAUCAUCGCUGUGCCCGGUGCCUGGCAUGUUGUCGAAUCAUUCGCACCCGUAAAAAAGAUUUUUACGGCUCGCAAUUACGAUUUCGUCAGCCAGACCGCCCCCGGUGUACUUGUCAAGAAUGCAUUUGAAACCACCGCCGAGAUAGAUGCCGAGUCUCUUCGCACAAACGUACUGUUGCCAUUGAUGGAGGAUGGCAAAGAUGUUGCGGUUAUGAUGCAUUCCUACGGUGGUAUUUACGGCUCGCAAGCUGUGAAAGGUCUUAGCAAACGUGAGAGACAAAAGGCGGGCAAGAAAGGUGGCGUGACGGCACUCAUUUACGUGUCGGCUGUCACGCCAAUGGCUGGUAAAACGACAUUGGACAUGAUGGGUACUGACAGGGACAACCUCCCGCCCUGGGUCGAUUUCAACAAAUCCACUGGCUUUGUCAAAUUUAGUGGUGCCAAAGAAGUGAUGUAUCAUAACAUCCCAGACGACGACGCCGCGCACUAUGUGUCCUUGCUGAAGGACCAGGCGCUGAACAGCAUGGAUACUCCGGUAUCGUAUUCACCCCUGGACGAUCCAAACUUCCAAGGUACAGCAUCUUACGUGCUAUGUGGUGCGGAUCGUGUUGUUCCGCUUGCGGGCCAGGAAACAUAUGCAGCAAUUGGAAAAAUCAGUCGCACUAAACUUGUGGAAGAUGCGACCCAUGCAUUUUUCGCUUCAGCUCCAGAGGCGAUUGUCGACGCCGUGAUCGAAUUGCUGCAAAGCUGA